ACUCUAGAAGCACAAAUCAGUCCUCCACCUCGCUCGUGCUCCACUCCAGCUAGCUUGCAGGUUGCAGCCAUGGUGGCGAGCACGAAGAAGCUACGGUCGCUCCUGCUGACCUUCCUCCUCCUCAUCACCACCGCCAUCGCGGCGCCCACCCUCGCCUGCGACGACUGCCACAAGCCCAAGGCCCCCAAGCAUUCCCACCCGCCCAAGAGCCACGCACCUUGCCCGCCGGUCGUCGGCCCGCCCAAGGGCCACACACCUCGCCCGCCGGUCGUCGGCCCGCCCAAGGGCCACGUCCCUCGCCCGCCGGUCGUCGGCCCGCCCAAGGGCCACGUCCCUCGCCCGCCGGUCGUCGGCCCGCCCAAGGGCCACGUCCCUCGCCCGCCGGUCGUCGGCCCGCCCAAGGGCCACGUCCCUCGCCCGCCGGUCGUUGGCCCGCCCAAGGGUCACGUUCCUCCGCCGGUCACCACUCCUCCCGUCGUCGUCGGCCCGCCGGUCACGUACCCGCCCAUCACCAACCCUCCUCCCAGGGGGCCCAUCGUGCGCCCGCCGGUCACCUCUCCUCCCGUCGUCGUCGGGCCGCCGGUCACCUUCCCGCCCAUCACCAGCCCUCCCGCCGUCAGCCCGCCGGUAACGUACCCUGCGCCACCGGUGAUCGCCCCUCCGGUCACCACUCCUCCCCCGUCGCCGCCAGUCACCACUCCUGCCCCGUCGCCGCCAGUCACCACUCCUGCCCCGUCGCCGCCGGUCACCACUCCUCCGUCUCCGCCGGCCACCACUCCCCCGUCGACGCCGGGGAGCACACCCCCGUCGCCGCCGGGGGGCACAUCGUGCGGCUGUCGGUCGCAGCCGCCACCGCCGCCGGCGACGCAGACGUGCCCGGUGGACACGCUGAAGCUCGGGGCGUGCGUGGACCUGCUGGGCGGGCUGGUGCAUAUCGGGCUGGGCGACCCGGUGGUGAACCAGUGCUGCCCGCUGCUGGAGGGGCUGGCGGAGCUGGAGGCGGCGGCGUGCCUGUGCACCACCAUCCGGCUGAAGCUCCUCAACAUCAACCUCGUCCUGCCCCUCGCCGUCCAGCUCCUCCUCACCUGCGGCAAGACCCCGCCCCGCGGCUACACCUGCUCCAUCUAAUUCUAACCAAGCUAAGCUCGGUGAGUCAGUGUACUUGGAGAUGGAUGGAUGGAUCGACAUGAGAGGGUGUCGGACGUCGUCGGCUACGAGCUACUAGCUAGUAGCGAGCAAGAAGAAAGAUCGAUCAGCUAGCUAUGAAUGGAUCGAUCGAUGAGUGUUUUUCUUUUUUGUGAUUUUUAUUUUGUGUUUGGCUAGGUCUGUCUGUUGUGGUUUGAUGCAAGAGGUGAGAAUCCAUGUCAUGAAUAAUUCACAGGGGCUGGAACGCUGUUCCGGA